AUGGUUCCACCUGUUCAAACCUUCCCUCCUCAGAACUCAAUAACUCAGCACAGCCCUAAAGCAGCCCAAUCAAAUUCUAUUCCCUCUUUAGCUUCGGCCUCGACAGAAGAUUCUGGAUUGUACAUUCCACCUUCUUCAAAUUCUUUAAUCCAACUCGCUCGACUUUCGUCCAGUCUGAAAAUCCCAAGUCCUGCACCGAAUCCAAUAAAUCUUGUUGGUGAACGACAGAAGCGUAGCAACAAGGCUCUUGAUGUACAACCCCCAAAUUCCAAGUAUGGAGCAACAACCUCAUCUCAGUCCAGUGUUAGGCUCCCUAAACGGGCAAGGAGGCAGAGUUUUGGAAGGACAUCUAGAACCUCUAAACCACUUGACUUUUCCUCGCAUUUAUCCUCCCAUUCUUCCCCCUUGUCGACUUCUUCUUCCUCAGUUUCGCCUUCGUCGCUGAGAUCGACUCCGCCCUCCCACAUUUCCCCACCUCCCACGAAUCUGUCCCAAACACCUAGCAUUAAUCCUGCUUCUUUUGAGUUCAUGAAGAAUCUGGCAACUGCUGGUCUGUCUAUGCCCGUUGACUCAAGUAAUUCAGCGAGUUCAAACCCUCUUGAAGCGUUCUUCAGUGUCGGUAAUUUGCUAGGUGUUUCUCCAGACAGUCUACGCGAACUUCUUGUGUCAAUUGCGCAUUCCUUAUCUGAACGCCGUGCUGCUGAAACAAAUCUUUUCCUUGAGCAUCAGCAACAGCAGUCAAAGAUCAUUCAAGGGAGUGUUUUUGAUCCCAGCACUCAGUGUCUAUAUUGCGGCCAUGUAUGUUCAGAUAUGAGCAGUCUGGUUCAACAUAUCUACACACAUCUGGCCUCUCUUCAUAAACAGCAGACAGAAUCGGCAGUAACCUCAUUAACCCCUCCUCGCCCACCCCAACAAGCUCCGAUAAUCCCCCCUACUAGUACCUCCCCAUUCGAUCUGGCCGCUUUCUACUCGAAGUUGCUACAUAAAGCCCCCGAAAGUCAAGUUCCUCCUGCUCCUAUUCAGCCUCCCAUGGUUCCUUCUGAUCCCAACUCCCUUUUCAUUGCUUGGUUGAACCUUUUUCGCCCCGCCGGCUAUGGUGAGGGACUGACGGGGUCCACUAACCAAUAA